AUGACGGCGCAUGAACUUCGCGUUCUAGUUGGCCGUUUAGGGUCUGGCGAUACGGUAAUGAAGUCCGGCCUGGAUCGCGACCGCAUUGCUGAAGAGCACGACCUCAUUGCUUUUGAGAUGGAGGGAGCUGGCAUAUGGGAUCAAUUCCCGUGCAUAGUUGUCAAGGCUGUGUGUGACUACGCAGACAGCCAUAAGAACAAGAAAUACCAGGCUUUCGCCGCGGCGAGAGCCGCCUCCGCAACCAAGGCAAUUUUGGGAACCUUCCCAUGCACAGAAAUCUCAACUCAGUGCCGAUCAUUCAACCGGUGA